UUAUAAACAAAUUAAUAAAAGCAAAUAAGCAAAUUUAUUUUAUAACAAAUAAUUCUAUAAAAUCGAGGGUUACGCUAUUAGAAAAAUUUCACAAGUUAGGUUUCGGACUUAUUAAAAAAGAAAAUAUUAUUUGUACUUCCUAUGCAAUUGCUAAAUAUUUUAUGGAGAAGGAAGAAUACAGGAGUGGGAAAAAAAAAAUUUAUGUUAUUGGAGAAAAAGGAAUUUGUGAGGAACUCGACUGUUGCAAUCUUCUUUGGUUGGGUAGCUACAACGAUAAUGAAAAGAAAGUCGUAAUAACGGAUGAUCUAGAAUUAAGUGUAGAUAAAAAUAUUGGAGCUGUUGUAGUUGCCAUCGACUUUAACAUUAAUUAUUACAAAAUCCAGUAUGCACAUCUUUGCAUCAAUGAAUUGGACGCUGAAUUUAUUGUUUCCAAUAAAGACGCAACUGCGAACUUUACUUGCAAACAAAAAUGGGCUGGAACAGGUUCUGUCGUUGCUAGUAUUGAAGCUGUUUCGCUGAAGAAGCCAAUCGUUCUUGGCAAGCCAAAUUUAUUCAUGAUCGAAAAUGUCCUUAAAGACCUAAAUAUUGACCCAUCCAAAGUUGUCAUGGUAGGAGAUAGACUCGACACGGACAUAAGCUUUGCCAAAAAUUGUAACAUCAAGUCCGUUCUCGUUUCCUCAGGUGUUACCGAUGCGAAUAUUUAUCUAAACCAUAACCAUUUAAAUAUUCAACCAGACUAUUUUAUGAAAUCGAUCGCUGAUUUUUUAU